CGGUUCCGGUUCCAGCAGCUGGGGAAGUUCUGGUUAUGAUGGCUGCGUAAGCAUUUGAAUAUUCUUCCAUAUUUUGAAGCAUGUCGGCUGACCAUGAUUUCUGCACAGGUACAACAAUGUAUUGCUUCUUUCGGUACCCCCGCAACGUAUGCUCCGACUGCCACCAGUGGAAGUUCAGGUAGCACCGGUACUGGCUCAACCAUCACUGUAGUCGUUGCACCCACUCAGGGUGUGCUGAGAUAUGUGCCUUUCGCCGUUAAUGCCUCUGUUGGAGAUACUAUCAAAUUCAUGUGGGGAGCUAACAACCACACCGUCACCAAGAGUUCCGAAUUGACUCCUUGCAACAAGACCUCCGAUGCUCCUUUCGCAUCAGGAGAACAAAAUCAAAGCUUCGUCUUCACGCAAGUGGUUAACGAUACCAACCCCACUUUCUUCUAUUGUGGAACUCCCACUCACUGUGAGAAGGGAAUGUUCGGUAUCAUUAACCCUCCUUCGGCUCUUGACGCCCCAACCUCUGUUGCUGGAAUGAUGUCUUCUGUUGUUUCUAACGAUACCUCUGGAAAUCUGGCUACAUAUGCUUCGUACACAUCCAACCAGACCUCUGGUUCUGCAGGUGCUAACUGGGGAGCUAACAUUGAUAUGAGCAACAUGCCUUCUUGGGCGUACGACGCCGUUGUUGAAAAUGUCAUGUUCACCCGUAAUGUGUUGGCGAUGAACCCGGAUAUCAUGAAUGCCGAUGGCUCGGUCAACCUUGCCUCGAUCGGUUCAACCCCCAUGAUGGUUCCCCCCGAUGUUGGAAGCGCUCUUAAUGCUGCCUCUUCUCCAUCAUCUGAUUCUUCGUCCACAUCUACUGCAAGCUCUGUUGCCUCUUCAAGUGCAUCCUCGGCUUCAUCUACAUCUUCCCCCGUAGGCGCUUCUUCAACGAAUGGUGCAAUGUCGGUCACCUCCUCUAAAGCUCUUGUCGGAGCUGUUGUUCUCGCCGUCACUUUCUUUGCACUCUAGAAGUAUCAAAUGAUUGUAUCAAUGUUUCGGACUUUCUUGGGUUGACUGCCCUAAAAUACCACUCAAGGACUUUUCAUAGAGUACCAUAUACCGUAUUUCGUCGUUGACAUGAUUCACAAGGACUGUUUUCAUUUUUGAGCUUUUUUGGGUGAUCCAUACAAUACUUAAUUAUUCCUUCUGCCUACGAGACCUCUCGCUCAUUUGUAGAUGCUCUGCUUUUUAGGUAGUCGCUGAAUAAAUUCAUCA